AUGACAUGCUACCUUCAGAAAGAAAGGAUUACAGACCAGUGGGAGACCUCGCGAACCGUUCUAAUCCAUAAGAAAGGGGUUCAGCUGCUUGGACCACAUCCAGAUCGCAUCGAAGGUCAUAGAGGUUUGCGGGGAUUCCGCCUGCUCCUUGUUCUAACCUUUGUCGACUAUGGGAAAGCCUUCGACAGCGUAGAAACGAAUGCAAUAGUGUCAGCACUGGUCGAUCAAGGUGUGGACACCUCCUAUGUGAGGACAUUAGCCAAUUGCUACGAUCGAUGCACCAAGAUACAGCUAGAAGAUACAGCUUUUCCACCGCUCCUCACCAUACCCAUUGGAAAGGGAGUGCGACAAAUCGAUGCUAUAUCGCGAACCUGUUCACGAGCAUUACAAUGGAUAUUGGAAUCACUUUUCUGGGAAGAAAGGGGCAUACGUGUUGAUGGAAGAUUUCUCUCGAACCUUCGUUUCGCGGAAGACAUCGUUCUCUUUUCGAGCAGUACCAACAAAGCAGAAACGAUGCUCAACGAACUGAACGAAGCAGGGAAGAGAAUAGGAUUGCGAAAAAACAGUAAGAAGACACAGUUCAUGAAGAACGCCUACUGCGAGGACGGAGGAGUACAACUUUAA